AUGGUAUUUUCCAGGACUAUAACAUUGGGUGAUUUGUUUUGUUAUUUCAUUCUCGAUGUUGCACACUCAUCAUCAUCAUCAUCAUCAUCAUCAUCAUCAUCAUCAUCAUCAUCAUCAUCAUCAUCAUCAUCAUCAUCAUCAUCAUCAUCAUCAUCAUCAUCAUCAUCAUCAUCAUCAUCAUCAUCAUCAUCAUCAUCAUCAUCAUCAUCAUCAUCAUCAUCAUCAUCAUCAUCAUCAUCAUCAUCAUCAUCAUCAUCAUCAUCAUCAUCAUCAUCAUCAUCAUCAUCAUCAUCAUCAUCAUCAUCAUCAUCAUCAUCAUCAUCAUCAUCAUCAUCAUCAUCAUCAUCAUCAUCAUCAUCAUCAUCAUCAUCAUCAUCAUCAUCAUCAUCAUCAUCAUCAUCAUCAUCAUCAUCAUCAUCAUCAUCAUCAUCAUCAUCAUCAUCAUCAUCAUCAUCAUCAUCAUCAUCAUCAUCAUCAUCAUCAUCAUCAUCAUCAUCAUCAUCAUCAUCAUCAUCAUCAUCAUCAUCAUCAUCAUCAUCAUCAUCAUCAUCAUCAUCAUCAUCAUCAUCAUCAUCAUCAUCAUCAUCAUCAUCAUCAUCAUCAUCAUCAUCAUCAUCAUCAUCAUCAUCAUCAUCAUCAUCAUCAUCAUCAUCAUCAUCAUCAUCAUCAUCAUCAUCAUCAUCAUCAUCAUCAUCAUCAUCAUCAUCAUCAUCAUCAUCAUCAUCAUCAUCAUCAUCAUCAUCAUCAUCAUCAUCAUCAUCAUCAUCAUCAUCAUCAUCAUCAUCAUCAUCAUCAUCAUCAUCAUCAUCAUCAUCAUCAUCAUCAUCAUCAUCAUCAUCAUCAUCAUCAUCAUCAUCAUCAUCAUCAUCAUCAUCAUCAUCAUCAUCAUCAUCAUCAUCAUCAUCAUCAUAG